UUUUUUUAAAAAGUUCACACGUUAUCAUCGAUACGGUUCUGGUCGUGUUUUGCCUGUCGUUUAUCGUAAUGCGUUUUCUUAACGCACGAUGACGCUGUUGCUCACAGGUAAAAAUCCUUAAAAAAAUUACCUCCAGACGUUUUCCGCAUUGCUGCCGCACGAACGUUUUGUGAACUGGGAACAUGGCGUCAUCCCUCGGUCGUCUGUUCAGGAUGUCGGUUCUCAGGAACGGCCGGGAAACAGUGCCGAGUACCGGCGCAGGGGGAGCGCGGAGGACGGUGACACCGCACCGCUCCGUCGUGACCACAUCGUCCGGUGCUGUUCUGCCCAAACCCAAGAAGACCACCUUCGGCCUAAUCCGGAUUGCUGUGGUAGUGGUGCCCUUCUUAUAUGUGGGGACUCGGAUCAGCAAGAACUUUGCUGCGCUGCUGGAGGAGCACGACAUCUUUGUCCCGGAGGACGACGACGACGAUGACUGAGGGCGGGGCGGCCUCCGGCUCACAGAUGUUUUUGUGACUCCCACAGGGAGGAGCGCGAGUCUUCGGCGCAGAUAAAAAAAAACGCCUGCUGUGUGUAGUUGUGGAGUUGCCUACGUCUGUACUGCAUUCAGGGUUUUUGCUGUCGUUCACGCUCAGAUCAGCUGUUCCAAAGUGAUCACAGAGUACUGUAUGUGCAUGCACUUCUUAACGCCUAAUAAAGUGGAUUUGGUUUGGUAAAAAUGUAGCACAAGCUCCGUGACCUUCAUGUUAAACACACUCCCGCGGUCCUUCAUACAGAUCAAAUGUUGAGGUCAUUCAUCGACAUGUAACAAGAAAUAUAUAUGCUUAAAAAUAUGCUUAAAGGUACAGUUCAACAGAAAAUUCUGUUUAAAGAAGAAUCAUCUUUGUCAAAAACUGUAAUGUUACAGUAAAUAACCAGACACAACUUUAAACGUGUGAGUGUUAGGUGUGUAUUUACAGCAGAGGGAAACAUCUGUUAAACU